CUAGAAGCUGAAGAAAAGGUUAAAGUUGCUCUUGAAUUGCGGUGAUAUGUAUGUGGCUACCUACUCCAGCCUACAUGUAAAUUGGACGGUCGGAAAAUCAUCGGACCCAAUGAUCUUAGUCGUCCAAUCAAAGUCUUCCCUGUGAUAGCUAACCUUAAAUUUUAUCGUCGGAGCUCGACCAAUAACGGACCCCACCAAAAUUCUUGAGCGCUACACUUUCGCCAGUAAAGUUGCGUCUAGUCGGUAUAAGUCGUCGACCAUUUUCACCACUCCCGUAAAUAUCAACUGCUCCUGAUAUAAUACCGCGCGCCAUGCCUGGAAGAACGAAGACUCGCGACGAUGCGCCCGAGGAGGUAGAUACCUCCAUGGACGAUGCUCCCACCUCGGCGCAACAGCCUGUGGAAGAGGAAAACGGAGAUGCCAUGCAGGAGGACGGAUCGGAGGGCGACGAGGAACCCGUUGAGGAAGAAGAAGAGGAGGAACCCCAGCGAGUUAGAAUUCUACCUGGAUCAUCUGAAACGGCAGCUUCUUUCGAAUUCCUGAAGGAGGGUCACACACUUGGUAAUGCUCUGCGAUAUAUAAUCAUGAAGAACCCGGACGUCGAAUUCUGCGCGUACGCUAUUCCCCAUCCUUCCGAGGACAAGAUGAACCUCAGAAUCCAAACAUACGACACGACAACUGCCGCUGCCGCUUUGGCCAAGGGUCUCCAGGACAUAGAAGACCUCUGUGAUGUCGUUGCCGACGAAUUCUGGACAGAGCGAGAGAAGUUCGAAGCAACCCCGGAGCAGGCUCGCAAGAGGCAAGAAGAAGCUGAGAGGAGAAGACAGGCAGCACAGACUAGUUAAGAGUAUCUUGGCACAACCUAGAGGAUAUGGUAUUUGCGGCGUUCGGAGUAUGAUAGAAGAACAACUUUCUC